AUGGGCGUCGUGGCCCGUUACCUUCUUCCAACUGAGAGCACCUGCCACUUGGGUCUUCGAACACCCAGGCUGCCCUCGUGCUUUGCCAUCUCACCCACAAUUUCUACAAUCUCCUCCUUCAGACGUGCCUGCUCCGUCCCGUUUGCCACGCUGCCUGCGAGGCCCCGACACUCAUCCUCAAUGGCCUCGGAAUCCUUCAACUCGUCUCAAGAGGACGUCCGGGAGCGUCGCGAGCAAGGAUCCAUGGCACAACCCAGAGAAGGCACUCCGUACGCAGCUCGCGCCGCCGCGGGUGCCGCUGCGGCGCCCUCCUUCUUCCCGAUGGGAUACCGGGAAGGUUUCAGCCAAUGGGUAAGACCUCAUCUCCCCCCAACCCCCGUUCCAGCGGAGCACAAAGUCCUCUCGUAUCUCCCGUAUUUGCACCACCAGCCUCCCACCCACCUCCAAACCGGAAACACCACGGAAGUCCCCAAUGGGUCCACGCCCAGCAGCCUGGAAUAUGCAGACCAGAGCCAGCAGGGGGAGAUCGCCACCAGCUCUCUGGGCGAUCCCUAUGGCCCGCGCCGGUGGCGGUCCAGCAUGGUGGAGCUGAGUGGGAAGAACCGGGCGCUCAACGAGUUCUCCGUAGAGAGAAUUGGUGAGGAAGCGGACCAGCAUCUGGUCAUGCUACACGGAUACGGCGCCGGCCUUGGGUUUUUCUACAAGAACUUUGAACCGCUGAGCCGGCUCCGGGGCUGGCAGUUGCAUGCGUUGGACAUGCUGGGUAUGGGUCGCAGCACUCGGCCGCCAUUCCGGAUCAAGGCCAAGGGACGAGAGGACGCCAUCCGCGAGGCCGAGGACUGGUUUGUAGAUGCACUGGAGGAAUGGCGGAUCAAACGAAAAAUCGAUCGUUUUACGUUGCUCGGUCACAGCCUGGGAGGGUAUAUGGCAGUAUCCUAUGCCCUGAAGUACCCGGGCCACCUGAACAAACUCAUUCUGGCAUCUCCCGUUGGAAUCCCAGAGGACCCAUAUGCCGUCACAGCCGAUGUGCCCGAACAAACUGAUUCUUCGCUUGGCAACGGACUUACGCAGGAUCAACGGGAAAUCGCCGCGGCGGCGGCCACUCCGGGUACAGCUCCGAAGACGACAGACGGCGGCUUUAUCACGGGACGGAACGCUCCGCCUGUCGAACCGAACCGGCCGCCACGACGCGCCCUGCCAAAGUGGUUUGCCUAUUUGUGGGAUGCCAACAUAUCCCCCUUCAGCCUCGUACGAUGGGCCGGUCCGCUGGGUCCGCGAUUCGUCUCGGGAUGGACGUCACGCCGCUUCUCUCACUUGCCAGCGGAAGAAGCCAAGGCACUCCAUGACUAUUCAUACUCGAUUUUCAGUAUGCGCGGCAGCGGCGAGUACGCACUCGCGUACAUCCUCGCGCCGGGAGCCUUUGCCCGCAGCCCUCUCAUCCGUCGCAUCCACGGAGUCGGCCGGCAAAUGAUCCAAUCUGGCUCGACUUCGAAUAUACUACCCACUUCCGCAGCGACCACCAGCGCCUCUGCAUCCUGCUGUACCAAAUCACGACCAUCCACUUCACACAGCACUGCUCCCUCAUCCGAUACUGCACCUGCAGAGCAACCCCCAUCACCCCCUGCCCCCGCUCAACGCGAGCGCGGCAUCCCCGUUGUAUUAAUGUACGGCGACCACGACUGGAUGGACGUCGAGGGUGGUCACGCCGCCGCAGCCCGUCUCGAAGAAGAGAAGCAACGGGCCCUGGCGGACGCCACACCAGAGGAACGGCGCAAUGACAGCGGUUCCGCCAAAGUGAUCGUCAUCAAGCGAGCUGGACACCAUCUCUACCUGGACGGCUGGGAGGAAUUCAACCGAGUCGUGCUGGCGGAGAUGGAGGAUGUCAAUCGACGGGAGAGGGGCCGUCAGUCAUGA